UAGCGCCUGCGCACUGCGGCCCCAGAGCGGCCGGGGGUUCCCAGCGCGGCUCGGAAGAUGGCGGACCGCGGUGUCGCCGGCGGCGGCGGCAGCACAUCCUUACGGGGGCUGCGGGAGCGCAUGGUUGCUGAGGCUCAGGCAAUGGCUGAAGAAAGGAGAAGUCAAAGUGGAGUUAGUUCUUUGAGCACUCAUUCACCAAGUAUCAGAUCAACAGUUAAACCUGUUAUAGAUGGGUCUGUGCUUAAAAAUGAUAUAAAACAAAAGCUAGCGAAAGAGCGGAGAGAAGAAAAAAAAAGACAAGAAGAGGCCAACAAAGAACUGCAACUCCUUGAAAAAGAAAGAAAGGCCAGGCUCCAGUAUGAAAAAAAUUUGGAAGAAAAGCAGCGAAAGCUAAAGGAACAAAAAGAGAAGGAUGAGCGGCGAAGAGUGUCCGCCGAAGAGAAAAGGAAGCAAAAAUUAGAGGAAGAAAGGGAAAGACACAAAGCUGCACUUUCUCGUACUUUGGAACGAAGUAAUCGUAUGGAUCAACGGCAAAAGAGAUGGUCAUGGGAAGGCUUGCCUGUGACAAAUUCUGAAAACAAUCAUGGCAAGUCAGAAAAUAAGAGAAGCUCAUCUCUGAGCAGAAGAGACAGCAAAAUACAUUCCUCUAAUGACACAGGACAUACGGAAGAUAAACCAGCUCAUCACUUUCAUAAUAAUACUCCAGAAAAUAAUUUAAUCAGUCGUCUCCUCAUCCCCACAAAAGCGUCGGUGGCCAGAAGCAAGAGUGCUGCUUCAUUAUCCAUCCCAGGCAAAGAAAGUCCAGGCUUGAACAAAAAGUUUAUACUACAAUAUGUACCUGCACCCUUGCAGAGCCAUAGUAAUGAAGUGUUGAAAACUUCCAGCAUGCACUGCAAGUCGGCAGUGAAAAUGCCUCCACAGACAAAAGUAGACCUGGCUGCCCUGGAGAAGGUAGAAACACCCCUCAAGGCAAAAAUGAAAACUUCUCCCACAUCAUCUUCUGUGACAGGCAGGGAAGAACUCCCCAAGGUGAAGCUGGAUGGUACCCCCAGGGUGAGUGUGGACAUAACCACUGCAGUGAGCUCAGUGAGCUCGGAGGCGACCCCCGCAGUGAGCUCUGAAGCGACCUCAGAGGCGAUCCCCGCAGUGAGCUCAGAGGCCACCGCAGUGAGCUCCACGAUCCCUGCAGUGAGCUCUGCGAUCCCCGCAGUCAGCUUUGAGGCAAACCCCACAGUGAGCUGGGAGGCGAUCCCAGCAGUGAGCUCCGCGAUCCCCUCAGUGAGCUGGGAGGCGAUCCCAGCAGUGAGCUCCGCGAUCCCCUCAGUGAGCUGGGAGGCGAUCCCCUCAGUGAGCUGGGAGGCGAUCCCUACAGUGAGCUGGGAAGGGAUCCCCACAGUGAGCUGGGAAGCGACCCCCGGUGUAUAUGCAGACUUGCUCUCCUUAGUGAGCACAGAGGCAAUCCCGGGGGUGAGCGGCGCAGCAGCAGCUGCUAGGGUGAACAUAGACACGCUCACAGAGGUGAGCAUGGACACAGCCUCCGAAGUGAGUACAGAAACAUCCCCGCUGAGCAGUGUGGAAGCCUCUCCAGUGGUGAGCUUGGACACCUCCCCAGAGGUGAGCACAGAUGCUUCCCCUGUGGCAAGCGUGGACUUCUCUCUUGAGGGGAGUAUCGAAGCCUCCCCGGAGAGUAUGCAGGUGCCGCCUGAAGCAAAUGUGGAAGUUCGCCCUAGGGCAGAUGGAGAAACAGGGCCCAUCACAAGUGUGCAAGAAUCACGCCAGGAAAGUGGGGAAGCUCCCCCUGAAGUGCUGGUAGAAGCAACACCCCAAGCGAGUGUGGAAGAACCCUCCAAAGAACCCCCCAAGAAACCAGAAAUGGACAAACAGACCACAAAUCCUUUUAUCAAGAAGCGACCAUCAGGAAACAUACCACGCUAUAAAUGGCCUGCAUCUCCUACAAAGGAGAGACGUCCACCCUCACCCAUAACUGCUACGCAAAGUCAAAAGAACCGCCCCCCAUCGCCUUCACCACUGCUAAAAUAUUCAUCACAGCCAUCUCUGUCCUAUAAAAUAACACCUGUUCAUCGAACUCUACUUGUGCCAAAUGCGUUAGGUACUUUCAGAAAGAGAAGAGAAACCAUUUCUAAAACUACAAAUGAAUUUGAGGCUAUGAGCCAAAAGUAUAUGAUUCAUGAGGAGUCUGGUAAUAAAAGCACACCCGGAACCAUGAGUGCUGAGGAAGCAACGAAAAUUUUAGCAGAAAAGCGCCGGCUUGCUCGGGAAGAGAAAGGCAAAAAGGAAGAAGAGAGACUCCAGAAAGAAGUUGAAGAAAGGAAAGUGGCAGAUGUAUCAAAGAAGAUGAAUGAAGCCCAAGUUGAAGAGUGCUCAAGAUGUGAAGCUAGGCAACACGGAAAAGACAUUGAAAAGAACAAAAAUCAUCAGCCUCAAGAAUACCAGGGAAUAAUGGAACAGAAAGGGGAUGCCAAAAUAAAAGCUCACGAAGAAGCUGAUAAACGCAAGAAGGAACACGAGAGAAUUAUGUUACAAAAUCUGCAGGAAAGAUUAGAAAGGAAAAAGAGAAUUGAGGAAAUAAUGAAGCGGACGAGGAAGACAGAUGCAGAUGCCUCCAAGGCUAUAAAAACAUCUGGCAAUAACCCAACUGAAGAAGACGAGGCCGAGGAGGAGGAGGAGAUAGAAAGUGAUGAGGGCUCCCUUGAUGACACAUCUAUAUCAGGUAUUAGAAAUAAUGGAGAUCCAUCUACCCAACUCACAGUGCCUUGUGAAUAUGCCACAGGAAUGCCUCAAAAGCCGGUGCUUUCAGAAGCCGAAACUAGUGAAGUCAGUAAGGAACAGACCGCACACUUCAAUGGCAGCGUGAAAACCUUCAGACAGGAGGACCCAGAAGUCCCUUCGAAUCAAGCAAAAAGCUCAAAACUACCUACCAAAAGAACAUCCAUCCACACAGAGAAGUACAGCAAAGGGAUGGAAGCCGCCACCAGCACCCAGUCCACCCAGCAUGUCACCACCAAUCAGGACAGGAUUUGUGACCAGGUUUUUGACUUUGCUCAUCACAACAUUGAGUCGCCUGCCACAGAUGGCACUCCUAGUAGCUGCAACCUCAAUCCGAGGGAUUCCACGGCAGCUCACCAAAGCCCUCAGACACCUCCAGACUGUGAGAACAGAAGCAAACGUGUUUCUGCUCAGUCUGACAUGUAAACUUCAUGUGGUCUGCAGCACCAGCUCAUCUUCCACUCUGGAAACUUCCCACGCCCCUUUCUCAAAAUAUUCCUGCUUCAUGCUUGAAUCCAGCGAAGGAAAUGACAGUUAAAAAGAAAAAACAAGACGUCCAAAGGCCACCUUACCAUCUAUCUCAAAAGAGGCUCAUAUCAUGUCAUUUUCUUGUGAGUUCUCAGUAAAAAGACGGCUUUGUUUUUUUGAAAAAUCCCCAUUGUCUCCUGUGCUUUCCUGCCAAUGUGUGUGCACCUACAACAUUCUUAUAAAUGAUAACGAUCAAAUUUUACAACAGUCCCGUUGAAAGGACAGUCGUGUUUUCAGUGUAUUUUUGAAAUCUUAGUGUUUCUUCUGCUUAGCAGUGAUACCAGUAUAAACAACUAGAAGCUCAUUUUGGCCUUGUUAAGAACCCGAUAGAUUCUGUGAGGCUCAGGAUUGCUCACAAGAGCUGUGUCCGAUUGUUGCUAAUCCAUACAAUGACACUUCACCCCGGUGUAUGUCUCUGUUUCAUUCUGCUGUCUUUAGUGGCUGGCAUUUAUACCCCCAGUGCAUCUGUCACUGUCAUCAAUAGAGUUUUUCCUUUUGAAGGACAUACUGGGAUUUACCUACAAAAAUGGGGAUUUUUUUUGUUAUGUACAUAAAGUAGUGCUUAGCGGCGUUGAGUUCCCGAGUGUUGAAUAUGUAUCACCUUUUUCUCGGGGUUCUCCUCAGUCCUGUUCUUCAGCGUACACUCAGGCUUAGGAUAUGUAACCAAAAUGUGCUCACUCUUCUCUUGGCACUGUCUGCAAGUGAGGACGGGGCGGUGUUAGUCCUCAGCCCCCGUGAGAAGCGCACACUUGUACACACACAUAAGUACACAUGCACGGGCACACACACCAGAUAUGUGAUUCCACAAAACUUGAAUUCAGAUUCCUUGUCCUAACACUAAGGAGUUUCACAGUGUUGAAUCACAGAGUUUGAAGUAGACCAAUUUUUCCUUUGGGCUACCAGUCUUGGAUUUGUAAAAAGAGAUAGCUAUUCUUUCUAAUCCUUCGUUUUUUGCUACUUUGAAUACUGUACCUUUGUUAUAGAUUAGGGCAGGAUGCCUUAAGUUUAAAAACUUUUUGUACACUAGCUUUCAUAUAGAAGGCAGAGACAAUCACCCUAAAAAAUGAUGUUCUGAUGUUUUUUUGCACCGAUGGCACGUGUUGAAACACUGUUCCAGCUCUGUGUAAAUGUGUGCUCUAUGAAAUAAACUUGGCAGAUAAAACA